CGUGGCGGGGGCGCGCGCGCAGGCGCCGUGCGGCGGCGCUCGCCCCUCCCCCGCCCGCGGUCGGCGACGCCGGGUGCCGCUCGGUGGCUGGCGGAGGGCGCGCGGCGGCGGCGGCGACAGCGGCAGCUGCUGAGGGGGCGCCGCCGCGACCCGGCCCGGCCCGGCCGCCUCGUCGGCGGGAGCAGCCGCCGCGCCGCGACGCGACACGACACCGCCGCGGCCGCCUCCUCCCGCGCGGGGCUGCCCGCCCGCUCGUCCGCCCGCCCGCCCGCCCGCGGGGCGCAGGAGAUCCAGUUUUAGAGCUGUGUGGAAGCCGUUACCACUUACCUUUGAAAUAGUCAAACUAGAUCCCAGAAAGACUCGGAAGGAUUGGUUCUUCUGGUUUCAACCAAACUCGCUUGCAUUCCUGCAAUUUGGAUAGAGUGUAUCCAUUAAGGUUAAUGACUCUCCAUUGUCCUUUAUCUAGCGGUUCUCUGUUCAGGUUGUUAGUUCAAGAUGGCAGACCAGAGGCAACGUUCGCUGUCUACCUCUGGAGAAUCAUUAUACCAUGUGCUAGGACUGGACAAGAAUGCCACUUCUGACGAUAUUAAAAAGUCAUACAGGAAGCUUGCAUUGAAAUACCAUCCUGAUAAGAACCCUGAUAAUCCAGAGGCAGCAGAAAAAUUUAAAGAGAUCAAUAAUGCACAUGCGAUAUUGACUGACGCCACGAAGAGAAACAUUUAUGAUAAGUAUGGUUCUCUGGGUCUGUAUGUAGCAGAGCAGUUUGGAGAAGAAAAUGUGAACACAUACUUCGUCCUAUCCAGCUGGUGGGCAAAGGCCUUGUUCGUGUUCUGUGGGCUCAUCACAGGCUGCUAUUGCUGUUGCUGUCUGUGUUGCUGCUGUAAUUGUUGCUGUGGGAAGUGUAAACCUAAACCUCCUGAAGGUGAAGAGCAGGAAUACUACGUCUCUCCAGAGGACUUGGAGGCACAGUUGCAGUCAGAUGAAAGGGAGGCCUCAGACACACCUAUUGUGAUACAGCCAGCAUCAGCCACAGAGACAACCCAGCUCACAGCUGACUCUCACCCCAGCUACCACACUGAUGGAUUUAAUUAAGUUAAAGAAAUACUGUAAUUAGAAUGGAUAAAUAAAUACAUGGCCAACUCAACACUAGAAUCAUGAACAUUAGAAGUAGAGAUGGGGAGGGGGAAAAAUUCUGCCACAGUAAAAAGGCAGCUUUCCAACCUGCCGAAAAUAUUUUGUAAUCCCUUCAGCCUUUUGUCACCUUCAGUGUCGUAUCUUGACGAUACGUGAAGUGCUGUAGCAUGCAGUAUUUAAAGCAGUUUAUCUAUGAUCUUAUUUGUUUCCUUUCCUUUCCUUUUUUUUUUUUUUAAUAGCAUGUAUGGAGUUAUGUUAAAUGUCUGUGGUGUAAUGUAUUGAGUUGUCACAAAAUAAGUGUGAUGGAGACAUUCUGCAUUUUAAGCAGUGGUAUUGGCCUAAAAAUGAGAUUUUAAAAAAGAAAACGUUUCACAGAAGCCACCAUGCUUCCAUACAGCUGAGCUGUUGAAGACCUUUUAAAAGUUCAUGGUUUUUCAUGUGAAUGCAACAAUCAAUCCUUUUAUUUGUCCUUUUCCUGCAUUGUUAUCUAAGCAAGUUUACAAAGCCAAGAACCAAAAAUGCCAGUACUGCAGAACUAGAUUUCUCCUUAAUGCUGGUUUUCAGCUUAAAUAAAUCCACCUUGAAAAAUAAAAAGGGAGAGUUUUCAAUCUUUGAAGAGUAAAUUGAUGAACAGCUGUUUAUGCUUAAGGGGAUCUUCAGUGACAGUGUAACCACAAAAGUUAAUUUGCCACAAACCCAAAUAUAAAUAGGUUUAUUUGGUGGUGGUCAUGGUGGACUUUAAACUUCAAGCACAAUUCUGUUUUGGUUUGACUUUUUCCUGAAAUUCUAAAGACCAAAUAAUGCAGCUUUUCUGAAUGCAUGAGAAUCUUGAAGUGAAACCAAUUAAUCAGUUUUUAUUGGCCAAGUAAAUAAAAUGCAGAUGAUAGGCAAUAGCGUAAAUGUAAAAAAGAAAAAAAAAAGAUUUCUUAAAAUGUGUUUGAAUAAUCCAACAUUCUAAUAGACAAAUGGGGUAUUACUUUUUUGUUUUUUAUUCAGUUUUUGUUAACACAAAAGCUCUUUGAUUUUCUCAUGAACAUCUUUAUGGAAUACUUAAAUAGCUUUUUAAGAACAAAACACUUUUCUUUGUGUUUAUGUUGUAUAAUUUGCACAUAGUCUUGCAUUUAGACUUGUUUACAUCAGUGUUUUUCUAUUCCUCAGAAAAACUUUGGGAAAACUAUUGAAAGGUUUCCUGUACUGUUUUGAAACCAAAUCAUUUUUGAAUACUGCUCUUGAAACUGGAUUAUUGAGAUUUAUGACAACAUUUUAGUCAGCUGGUGAAUUGCUGGUAUAUUUUGUUGUUAAUAAUCUUGCUUUAGAUAAUAUUGAGUCAGGAUCUAGAAUAGCUACCAGUAAAUCUACACUUGGCACUUUUAGCAUUUAUUUACAACCUCUUUAAUUUUGAUCUUCAUGGUUUUAUAUCACAUUGCCUCUACUGUCCUUUUCAUCCCCCAUCUCCCCUUUUCAUUUAUCAUCUAUUUCUCUUGAUGAGUGAUUUAAAUCCUCCCAUCUAGUAUCUUCUUUGAAGGUCUUUUAUGCUGCUUUUUCUACAAGGUCCAGGUGUUGCUUUUGAAUGGGUUAAAGCACUGUCAGCUUAUAAGAUGACCACCUGAAAAUGAAGGGGACCCUCCUGUCUGAGGAGGGCAAGGCGUACUGCCAUUUGGCUGGCCUAGGUUUGUAAAAGGUACAGUUUUUCUGGAUACUGUCCGGAUUAAAGGGGGGGAGAGGAAUGUGAAAAUCUGUCUGAAUGUAUUUCAUUCUGCCUUUCCAUGGGCCGAAAAUGAUAGAGCACAUAGUCUGACGUGAAACCCUGUUAAACAUACCAGGUAGAAGAAAAGGUUCUUUACACAGUCUAAAUACUAAGUGAGAGAUGGUCACAAACUCAGACUUUCCCGUAGCAGUUGGUACAAGCACAUUUGUUGCCUGCAUGUGAGCUUGUUGCAGAUAGGUAUGCUUUUGAUAACACAUUGGGAUCCAGAAAUCCAAAAAGAGCUUUUAAUUAACUGACCAGAUUUAAGAAACAGUUGUUAAGUAAGUUCUUCCUUGUUGACAGUCCUUCAGAUCUGAAACCUUGUGGUUUACUGGUUUACUUUUAACUUUUUGUAUCAGGCAAAACUGUCUUGGAUGGCUUUGAGGACAGUCAUAUAUGAUUUGACUUGAGGUCCUUAUUAAUCAAAGUCUUUGACCCUUUGGAAGGAAAAGUAACUUUUAAGCUGGGAAAAAUAACAUCUCAUGGGCUUGCCUUGUAGAUUUUGUCUGAAGCCUGUUCUUAAAGUAGAAUUCCACCCUUGAAUAUGCUUGAAUAUCUAUGCAGACUUUAUCCGCUACAAACUCACUGGUCAAAAUUGCAACCCGUGCAAAUGAGUCAAUGUUCUUGGUAAAAAUAAAGUGAUAACUUUGUGGCUUUGUAAAUCAGCUUAGUUAGUAAGAGGGACUCAGCAGAAGGAGAAAAAUGCUGUUUCCUUGUGUACCGCAGUCUGUAAUACUCUUCUGUUUCCAUGUAUUGGUCUAGAUGUGUAACACAAAAGGGCAGUUGUUGCUCUGCGGGAGCAGCUGGGACUCGUCACAUCGGGGUCGGCUGGUGGCGUUCCUUCCAAAUUGGGUUCUGUUUCUCAGUCUCCCUGGGUACUUCCCUGGUCUGGACGAGUCGGCGGGAGGUUGUGGCUUGGAAACUGGGCGCGCUGGGGACUUGUGUAACGUACCUUCAGGCCGUGGCGAGAGUCACUCUUACUCCGUUCCCCAGAAGCAGUGCAGUGUGAGGGAGCCCUGCAGACUUCUGUGUACAGGCUGAUAUCAAAACUGAAAUGUAUGAAGCCAAUGAAGGUUGGAGGGGAUACCUUUAUCCGUGUUUUGCACUACUUGUGCAAAAGUUCAGGAUAAAUUUGCUGUUUUAAAAACAGACAAACAAUUCCCUUCCCUUCCUGAACCCAACAUUUCAACCAGCAAUUAGUUCUUCAUUUACCAAGGCAUGAAUUUAAGAGAUACUGCUUGCUUUUCAGCUGUUUCUGUGGUUGUGGGAAUAGUAAUUUAAUCUGUAUAUUGUAUAUGCCCAUACGAUGUUAGGUGUUUCAAGGGAAACUACUCUGAGAUCCCAGUUACAAGAAAUCAAGGGGAAAAAUAUGAAUAUGAGUAUCUUUUGAAACUGCUAAGUUUGCCCAGGUUAGUCUUAAACCUCUGAAUUUAAGAUUACUGUGUACUAAUGUGUUCUUGACUUUCUUUCUUUCCUUACUUCUCAAACUGUGUAAGAAAUAGUUAUUUAAACAGUGUUUCUUUAAAACAAAAAUUGUAUAAUCAGAAGAUAUCUAGGUUAAUGCCCACUUUUUUCUUAUGUCGUAAAUAAGGUACAAGUGUAUCCUGGGGUUACACGAGUUGCACUUCUGUCUUUGAAAAAUGGCCAAAUUGAAUUCCAGUGAAUGCAGAAUUGUACUGGAAAUAAUGGUUAAAAAUCUAGUGCUUAAGAUCAACCAACAUAUCUGAGCUUAAGUUUCUGGAGCUGCGAUGUCCCUGCCAGAGCUGAAAUAGCAUAACUUUACAGGCACUAAAGCCUGGGUGAAAAUACUUGUUACUGGCUUAUAUGCAGAAUGUUUCCUUCCAAAAUUAAACCUGAGCACUGUUGAUCUGUUUGGUGUGUUGCCAGAAUUAAAACUUGAAGUUUGAUUUUUUUUGUUUUGUUUUUUUUUGUUUUGUUUUGUUUUUUAAAAGUCACAUCAUGAUUUUUACAAGUUACCUGAGAAUCUCUGUUUAAGUAGUUCAGCCACUUCCAUCUAGCUCAUCGAACCUACUCGGCACCCAUUUUCUUAACAGUUGUAGCUCCUUGUUAUUAGGAGUUUAUGGGACCAUCUGGUUUGGAGAGUUUCAUGGACUGAUAUCAAGGACCACUGAUCUUAUCCAAAAGUUUUGUUGUAUGGAGAGCUAUGGUAUUUGUAACUUAGGAUAAGUAAGGAAAGCUACUGCCUCCUUUCAAGGAAUGUGUAGGUACUGUCUCAUCUGACAGCAGCAAAGCUGUCUUAGAAGUAGCUGGUGCUGGACUUGCUGUGCCCUGUCCUCCCUGUGCAUGGGGAAUUCCCCAAACCCAAUGUAGUACAACCAAGAAUUCAAUACUUCACUUGAAGUGAAUGAAGGGGCGUCACACCUGUUAAAUGCCAGUUUCAUUUUGUUAGUAAUAUGUGUAGGAAGUUCUUAAAUAUUUAUCUGUAUAUAAAUUUGUUUAUGUAAACAUCAAUGGCAUCUGAUAUUGUGUAGAUUUCUGCUAAUUCCAUGCAGGGAUGUUUUAGAGCCAUAUUAUCUUUUUAGUCUUAUUUUUAGAUUUGUAGUAUUUUUAAACUGCUUUAGAUAUUAGUGCUCAUAGUGUUCUUGAAAAUGUGAUGCUCUUUGAAACGUAUGUGUACACAGCCUACAGUAUGAUUAGAAACACCUGCUUAGGAAGACGGCUUUAACACAGUACUAAGAAAUACUGAGUCUUGCAACAGUGCUGUGGUGGUGGUGGGGCUACAAUUUUAAAAACCCUUGAUGUCGGAGCAUAUAUGCAUUACAGGUAUAACCAGGGCAGGAACCUGACAGCAAAUAUAUUCCUGAUCCAUUUUUAAAAUGGUUAUGUUAUGUGGUGUGGAGGGAUGUGACUAUGCUUUUUAGGGGGCUGAUCUUUGAGCAUUUGUAAUGUACACAGUCCUUGAGAGAGGUACCUGUUUUCUUAACUAGUUUGUGCCCUUUGUCUGGUGCCCUUCAGUGUUCUUGGCAUUUCCAGAAAACUUAGGAAAUGCAUUUGUGCUGCAGUUUUUUCUACCCAAUGCAACUGGAUAUUGGCUUACUGCUUAACAGGAGAUUCUUGCUAGGUAGUCAGGUAGGCUUUUGCCACUUGGCAGCCCCUGCCUCAUGUUAAUAAUUCUGGAUGCUGUUUAAAUCUGCAUUAAUCUUAGAAUCAGAGCACUGAAACGUACCUCCCCCCAUGCGAAUAUUUAUAGUGUAAGGUUGGUAUAAACUUAACUUGCUUUGUCAUUUGAUGCCGCUUCUCUGUAUUAUAGUGGAAAUCAUCUAGUUUGUAGUAUAUCAUUAUGCCAACAACUGCUUAAAAUAUCUUGAAAGAAGUAUAAUUGAUAGCUAACAAAAUGGCAGGUAAUUUGUCAGUGUUCAAGUCCUGCAAGAACUAUGGUCUGCUCUACGUACUGUAUUUGGAGAUUUAAGUGCUAUCUGAGACUCUGCAAGACUGAAAUUCCCAUUUCAUUCCAAGAAGGUGCUUUCUUUACAAGAAGAAACUGUGUAAGGGAAGCUUUCUGUUGUUUUUGUUUGCACAAGCCAAACUCCAUAGAUCUGGAAGACAUACCUUCAUUUGAAAAUAAAAUGCCAAUGUUACAUGUACAGUUAAUUUUGUUGUUAGAAGGAGAGAUGCUGGGAAUUGUUGGUGGCUAUAUAUAUGUGUAGAGGAAGCUCUUACACAAAAUGGCUAUCCAUUCUUGAGUGCUGUCGUCUUCUCUGCUCCCUUUCCCCCACAGCCAGCAAUGUGGGUGUAUUCUCGUAGUUUGUGAAUGGUUGCUUAUAUUCUGUGUACAGCAAUGGCUUCCAAAAAAUGUAACGACCUACCUGAUUCCUGCCAACUGCCCUGUCCUGUGAGGGCGGAGCUGGGAUUUACCUGUUUCAACUCUCCUAUAGAGGAAAGAAAUGACACCCAACAGUAGCAAGGAGGGUAAGGGCGAUCUCUGGAAUAACUUUGGCUUGCAUGGGCUGGUAUGUGGGGGGGACAGUAAAUAUGGUCAAUGUGCUAAUCACUAAAGGCGUAAUAGAAUAUAUUGAUGUGUUUUUUUUCCUAUACUGGUUUUAACUACUUUGUACUCUACAAAGUGGGACUCGGUGACUUCACAAAGCAAGGUCCAAACCUGUGCUGUAGGUUUUGGAUUGCAACAUCAUGUGUGUGUAUGUAUGUAUAUAUGCACAUAUGUAUAUAUUUAUACAACAGGUGUGCACCUAGUACUUGCUGCUGUUUUUUCUUUGGUGGUAAAACAUGAAAUUUGGCUCAAAGUACUUCUAUGAACUCUCAGACAGAAAAGCCGAAGGUGUGAGUUUCGUGUGUCCAGAAUUGUGCUUUCUCCUUUCAGCUGCAGGAAAAAACAAACAAGAUUUGUCAGUUUAAAUGACCGAUGAAGGAAAUGGUGAAAGGAUCCUGUUGUAUAAAUAAAUAGGUAGUACUAGUGAGAGAGCUGUGCUGUUUGAAAAGGGAAAAUCAAUCUUCUACUCAAGCGGAUUCCUAAAGUCUUCCCUCCUUGCUAGUGAGAAUUUAAACUUGAAUCAUAUGAUGCAUUUGCACAGUCUGGUCCAGUUAUUCAAUUUAUAGUGCUUACAGGUUGGAUUCAUAAGACUUGGAGUUAUUGCAAGUCAUAAAACUAAAGUUAGCUGAUGAUUUGCAUAAAGGCAAAAAGAUUGUGGCCAACGUACGUGUAUGUACCACCAAAUUACUUCUAGUCAUAUUGGGUAGAGAAUGCAGCUGGCCCUAGUUGGGCCCUAUGUUCCAGAAGCUGUUGCCUAACAUACAAAACACACAUGGGUUUUCUGCUUAAUGGCAAUCAGCAGAAAUGGGGAAAUAUAUGGGGGAUUCCUUUUAUUACUUACAUGUUUGAAGUUAUAUUUGUGUCUGUUACGGUAGAUGAACUUUGAAGUUUGCCAAGUUCAAAACACUCGCUGUUUCCUUGUUUGGAUGUGUGCCACUUAAGCCAGUUGCUGUCAUUCCUUCCUUCCACUGCAUCCCCACCUUCUCCCACUUUUUGGGGCUGGGUGUGGAUUAUUUGGUUUGCGUUAUCACAGACAUCCAAGGCAGUUUAGGUUAAUUUUGCAUGUGAGCAAGGCCCUGAAAUAAAUAAUUCAUUAUGGGGUUUUGUUAUAUUGGCCUCUUUAUGAAGCCUGUGGGAGCUGAAGAUGUGAUGAGAGAAUGCGUUUUGCAUUUGCACUGGACUUCGGCUCCGGUGGGGUGGGAGGGGUUGGGGAGGGAAGCCCAUGUUUAAAAAAAUGUUUGCCGAUGUAAAAACAAUCAAAGUAUAAAUGCAUCUGAAAAGCGAUUAUAAUAUAGACUUAUAUAUAUUUUGUUAUGUUACUAAAGGACCACACUUCGAAUUGUAUGUAAGUAAAUGUGGCUGUCUGAACUUUGUGGAUUGUAACACUCGAUACUACUGAGCUCCUGUACAUACACGCAGUUACAGCAGAAGGAAUUAUUUUAUGUUUUAGCAUGGUAAUUUGUGUAUUGUAUGUCCGAACAUAAACUAAAAUAAAGAUUGCUAAGUUAUCUGAAACCACUGUUGUAAAAUAAAUGUUUUCAAUGCGGAAAUAAA